GAAUUAAUUUUUUUCCUAAUACAUACACCACGUUUCCAUAACAAUGUGUAUAUUGUUUAUACAAGCGCCCUUCGUAUUUCCUUACCCGACGCUAUCAUUUUCCCUAGUGUUUAUGUAUAUACAAACAUAGUGUUGAAAAUACAUUGCAUUACCAACUACCUUAGAAAACAGAUGUGAUUUUAUUCAAUUGACAAAAUGAUGGAAAUUUUAAAAGACGAAAAUGUGAUUACCAACCCACGACAUGUAGUUUAGCCGUUUAAAUAUCUUUCAGUCGACAUUGUGUUCUACAUGGGAUUUUCUAGUUGAUUACUUGUAUUCAUCGUACUGUUUUUUUACUAAAGCAGAUAUGGGCGGUGGAUUUAGCAGCGAUAGAGUGCAACCUGACGAAGUAAAUCCAAGCGAAAAUUUGAAAAAAUCGGAAUCGGAAGAAACCGAAAAUUUUCAAAUCAAAAAUCGAUCGUCUACAGAUGUUUUCUUUUUGAUAGUUUUUUUAAUUUUUUUAACGGCUUUGAUUUGCUCUCUAAGCUAUUGUUUCUUUUAUGGCGACAUCUAUAGAGUAAUAAAUGGAUAUGACAAUUGCGGAAAUAUUUGUGGAAGAGAUAACAAAAAUCUCAAAAAUCAAAACGAUGGUAAAAAAUCACCACAGUGUUUGGGAACUGAUAAAGUUAAUGAACCGUAUCACAUAGUUUUACAACAACAAUCGUCCAAAGGGAUGAAUAGAAUUUGUACUUCAGACUGUAACCAAUAUCCAGGAUACAGAAAAUUCUUCAAUAGAUGUAUGCCGAAUCAAAGCGAAGCUGUUGUUAAUAAAGUAUUUUCCAGGACUGGACUUAGUAAUUUUUUCACUGAAGUAUCAGAAGACUUUCAAAUAUGUUGGACUGAAAUUUGUUACCUUUGCCUUAUUGCUCUAGUAUUAUCAUGUUUACUUCUGGCACUAUUCAGAUUCCUUGUGGGAUUUGUUGUUUGGAUAGUUCUGAUGGGAUCAUUAUCAGCAUGUGUAAUAGCAACAGUUGUUUUAUGGAUAUUAUGGAAACAUUCCAAGAACUAUAUGGACGAUAUACCCGAUAACCUUGUACCUGAUGUUGACGCAAGAAAAACCAAUACUUACUUGGUAUUCGCCAUUUUGACGACAAUAGCUACAGUUAUUAUAAGUCUUAUUAUUUUUGUAAUGAGAAAAAGAAUCGAAUUGGUUGUUCAGUUAUUCGAGGAAUCUGGAAAAGCGAUUGCCGCUAUGCCCAUUUUAUUAUUCCAACCGAUUCUUACUUUCCUCUCAUUAGGCACAGUCGUUGCACUAUGGUUCAUAUUUUCUCUUUUAAUAGAAAGUUCUGGUACAUUAAGUGAGUAUCGUCUUAACGUUUUUUUCUACGAAAAAGACGCUUGGAUGAAAUUUACAAGAUGGUACAACUUUAUCGCGAUGUUAUGGAUGGUGCAGUUCAUAAUUGGUUGUCAGCAUAUGAUUAUAGCCGGAGCUGUCAGCAUUUGGUACUUCAAACGAGACAAAUCUUCUUUGGGUACACCUGUUAUACAGAGUACUGGAAAUUUGAUAAGGUUCCAUUUAGGAUCUGUAGCUUUAGGUUCAUGUCUUAUUGCAACUGUACAAUUUAUCAGAAUGUUGAUGAAGUUACUUGAAAAGUUUUUGCGAAAUAGGGAGGGAAAAAUCGUCGACUGUUUAUUAAAGUGCUGUCACUGUUGUUUGUAUUGUUUCGAAAAGAUACUGAAAUAUUUAACUAGAAAUGCUUACAUUGAAGUUGCUAUUUUUGGACUUCCUUUUUGUAAAGCAGGACAGCAAGCCUAUAAGCUCCUUACUGCAAAUAUAUUGCGAGUGGCAGCAAUCAAUUCUGUUGGUGAUUUCGUAUUAUUUUUGGGAAAAGUUGUAGUGGUCAUAGCAACUGUUCUAAUAGGAAUCAAAAUACUUCAAGAUAAAGAAGGUCUUCAGCACAUGUGGGUACCAAUUACAUUAUCUGGUUUAUUUGCAUAUUUUGUCUCACACUGUUUUAUGACAGUAUAUGAAAUGGUGAUAGACACAAUUUUUUUGUGUUUCUGUGAAGACUGCGAGAAGAACGACGGCGAAAACAGACCGUAUUUUAUGUCAAGAGGUUUAAUGGAAUUCGUGGAAAAUUCAAAAAGGGCGUUAGAUUCUAAAAAGAAAUCGUCCACCGUAGAAGCGACUAUACCUUCCAUAAGUGAAGAUGUUAGUAGAAAUUUUUCGGGAUAACUUCCAACGACUGAUUUAAAAGAAUAAUAAUUGCACUUCAAUAUAAUUAGAUUCAAAAUAGUAGAUAUUAAAUACCUAGGACUUUAUUUGACUUUAGUUAACGACACUGAUGCUAGUUUAUUUUAUUUGUGAUUAAUCAAUUACACAUUACAAAAUACUGGACAAUUAUCCUCUCUAAUGAAAACAUCUUACUGUUGAUACUGAAGAUACAAUAACGUGGAUUUAUUAUCAAAAAUAUAUAAAAGUCUUUGCCUUAAGAAUUUCAAUAUGACAACAUUGCUUUUGUCGUUAGUGUGGGGGUUAUUAAAAAAGAAUAGAAAAUAGCAAUAACCGUAAGGUAGAGAGAGAUAUGUAUCAUUCAAAGAGACUAUUUCCUAGGUCCUCGUAACAUUCAGUAGCGUAUCAUUAUAUUAUUUAUAUCAAUGUAAAUGUAAUAUGACGAUUAAAUUGUAAUUCAAAUAAAUGAUGAAUUGAUUAAAUA